UAAGAUGUCCACUGAAGGGCAGAGAGUUGAUGAUAGUCCAAGCACCAGUGGAGGCAGCUCUGAUGGAGAUCAGCGAGAAAGUAUUCAACAAGAUCAAGAAAGAGAACAAAUUCAACCCAAGAAAAAGGAGGGCAAAAUAUCUAGCAAAACAGCAGCUAAACUUUCAACCAGUGCUAAAAGUUCCCCAGACACCAUGAGGGGACCGGGGUUUCAUAUGUGCUAUGGUGGCAACAGAACUUGCUGACUCCCAGUUUAUGUGAAGGUUCUCAAGAGGAUCUAAACUAUUUAGAUGAUGUAGUAAUGACUUUAAAGAAAAAGGUUGGGAAUAUCUAUGUUAUACUGUUUUAGAGACUCAGUUUAUAUCUUUUAUAUUGGCUAUAUGACCUGUGACCACUAACUGCAUAAUUUAUUCAUUGAAAACUUUUAUUAUGCCUUUCAAACCAUUUCCCUAAAGGGAAGCUUUAUAUUUAGAAGCAUAGUCUAAAUAUAAUUUUAAAGGGACUAAAAAGAAUAGUAUAAGUUAUUGAUAGAAAUGUAAGACUAAUUCCAUCAGUAAUUAAACAUUAAUUUUAAAACCAAGAACAAUAAAAGUGACUCUGGUGGUAAGAUAAAGGAUGCCAGCAAAUAUUAUUAGGGAAUGCAUUCCACAAUUUGGGUGUUACUAAUAAAAAGGCCUCUUUCUCCUUGCCACCUACCUCCGUUGGUGAGUUACCUGAAAUAGUGCUUCUAAAGUCUUUGUUAACAUAAAGGCAGCUGAGGUGGAGUUACAUGAUUUUAAUUGUGUGUGACUUUAAUCACUUACAUAUUGAAUUGUGCACAAAAAUGUCAUCAAGAACCAAUAUAGCUAUUUAUUACUGAUGAGACUUAUUCUAAAUUUUUUGUGUGUGCCCGCGAGUCAGUUUUUGACUCUUGGCAACUU